AGUGCAAACUGUUUUGAUUUAAAUCGUGAAUCGUGCUUCGUGCAACACGUGAGGUGAAGUUUCUUUUAUUUUCAAUUCGCAUUUCAUUCUCGUAACUCUCUCACCCUGCCCUUCCUGAUCGUAUUACUUCAAUGAAUUUUGUAAAAUUACAGUAUGGUUGUCCGCGAUUCCGAAGAUUCUGAAAUCCAAAUGAAUUCCGACCGUGAAGUUGUUUACCUCAAGUGCAAGGAACAUAAACUUCCCAUUACGUGCUUAGCUUUAUCCCCUGAUGGAAAAUUUCUUUUCUCCGCCUCUAAAGACUGCAAUAUUGUGAAAUGGUGCUUGACUAGUAAAUUAAAAGUCGGUAGUAUUCUGUCCAAACACAAAUCCAAACACAGUGCCCAUCAGAAACAUGCUCACAGUGCCAUCAUUUAUUGCCUCGCCGUUGCUCCGGACAAUAAAUUUCUAGCCUCUGGAGACGCUUCAGGCACCUUGAACUUGUGGAAUCCUGAAACCCUCGUGCACUUAAGUAAUUUUAAAGGUCACAAGGCUGCAGUAACAGGUGUUGCAUUUUGUUCGGAAACCAAUCAGCUUUACAGUGGCUCUAGUGACAGAACAGUGAAUGUGUGGAACCUCACAGAUCUGUGUUUCAUCGAGACAUUACAUGGACACCAGACAGGUAUUACAGACGUUGACAUUAUGAGUAAAGAUAGAGUGAUAACUUCGGGCGGUUCAGACAACACUGUGCGGCUGUGGAAGAUAGAUGAAGAAUCUCAACUGAUCUACGCAGGUCACAAACGAAACAUUGAUUUAGUUAGAAGAUUAACCAAUCAAAUUUUUGUCUCAGCAGGGGAUGAUGGAAUCAUAUGCUUGUGGGGAAUUUCAAAGAAAAAACCUAGGCACACUGUAGAAAAUGCUCACGGCAUUGACGUUUCCAAUGGUGAGCCGAACUGGAUUUACAGUCUAUGCACAGUGUCUAACCAAAACCUGGUUUGUUCUGGAUCCAAUGAUGGAUUUGUGAGAGUCUGGAGGUGUGAUGGGUUUUGUUCAUUAGUCAAUAUAAAGUCCAUUCCUAUUAAUGGAUUCAUUAAUUCACUUUGUUAUUCUAGUGAUCAAAGUUGUCUCAUUGCAGCCGUAGGACAAGAACCAAAACUAGGCAGGUGGCAAAGGUAUAAAACAAGUGAGGUAAAAAAUUCUAUAGCCCUCAUAUCCUUUGUGGAUUAAUUAUGAAGUUGAAUUUUUCAUCCUUUUGUAAGUUUGCAAUCAUUUUAAGUACCUAUGAUAAGUUUCUUAUUGUCAAUAAUUCAUUUAAAGUUACUGACUCAAAAGAAGUUUUGUAAAUUUCUGUUUUAAUAUACCUUCCUCUUUUUAC